AAAAGACUAAAGAGGAGCAAGAACACGUUCAUGACGGCUGGACCGACUCUGAAGCGUCUGCAUGAUGAAUCGUCCACAGAGCAACACAGAAGGUGAAGCUGCUGCCUCUCGACAUGAGAAAGCAAACAGAAGCUGGAAGCUGGUCCUGCUGGUUCUUUCUGCUCUGCUGGCAGCUGCUCUCAUCGUUAUUUACCGUCUCGCUUUUGCUAAUGUGAUGAUCAAUCAAACCCUCCAAACCCUGAAAGAGGAGAAUGAAGCUCUGAGGAAAAAUCUCUCAGAAGUAAAAACAGGAAGCUCAGAUCAGACAAAAUCUCCACCACCUUCUUCCUGUCCACCGCCUCCAACAUGUCCUCUUCCUUCUACGUCUCCACCACCUGGACUAAACCUCAAUGAGAAACGUCUGAAGUGUGAAGCAGGCUGGGAGCCUCAUGGAGAAAAGUGUUAUUAUUUCACCACCACUAAAUCAUCCUGGAAGGACAGCAGAGAUGGAUGUAAACUUAAAGGAGGAGACCUGGUGAAGAUAGACAGCAGGGAGGAGCAGGAAUUCCUGGAGGCAAGACUGAGAGAGAAAAUGGAGGAAGCUCAGGACAAGUUCUGGAUCGGACUGACAGACUCAGAGGAAGAAGGAAGAUGGUUGUGGGUGGACGGAUCGUCUCUGGACACACGUUUGAACUUUUGGAACAGCAAUGAGCCGGAUAACUGGACAGGAGAAAAUCCUGAUGGAGAGGACUGUGUGAGGAUGGGGGAGAAAGGAGGAUCUGCUGAUCUGAAGUGUUGGUUUGAUCGAGUCUGCAGUGACCCUUAUAAAAGUAUUUGUGAGAAAGCAGCAGAAACUAGAUGAAUUUAAUCUGUAAGAGGUUAAAGUUUCAGCUUGUAAAACAAUCUCAGUUCAGGAUCCAGAAGCUGCAGCGAUGCUGUUUUUAUAAAGCAAAACAUUUAAUUUUCCUUCCAGACAUGUUGAAAUAAACAUAAAAUACUUCAAUUAUUUUAGUGUCCGAUUUCUUCUCUUAUUUCUCUCGUUAUAAUGUUUUAUAACAGCAG